UAUAUGGACAAGUUAGAAUGGCAACUUCUGACGCUGUGCUGCUAAAAACAGCCUCAGCUCCCGUCAGCCUAUCUUUUAAACAAUAUCCUCCAGCAAGAGAAACUCAAACAACAUUUGAUCACACGAGCCUUGGAAUUAUUUCAAGGGAACUAACCCGGAAACUGACCAGUAGCCCCCUUAUUCUGAACUUAUGCACCUUGGAAUAGCUAGGGAUGAGCACCUCUUUGAAUUACAAGUCCUUUUCCAAAGAGCAGCAAACCAUGGAUAACCUGGAGAAACAGCUUAUUUGCCCCAUCUGUUUAGAGAUGUUUUCUAAGCCUGUGGUCAUCCUUCCCUGUCAGCAUAACCUGUGUAGAAAAUGCGCCAGCGAUAUUUUCCAGGCCUCCAAUCCAUACCUCACAACCAGAGGAGGCACCACAGUGGCUUCAGGUGGUCGAUUUCGAUGUCCCUCAUGUAGACAUGAAGUAGUUCUGGACAGACAUGGUGUGUAUGGACUUCAAAGGAACCUUCUGGUGGAAAAUAUCAUUGACAUUUAUAAGCAGGAGUCUACCAGACCUGAAAGAAAAUCUGAACAGCCAAUGUGUGAAGAGCAUGAAGAUGAGAAAAUUAAUAUCUAUUGUUUAAACUGUGAAAUGCCUACAUGCUCUCUGUGCAAAGUUUUUGGUGCUCAUAAAGACUGUCAAGUAGCUCCUCUCACAAACGUUUACCAACGACAAAAGACUGAACUCAGUGAUGGCAUUGCAGUGUUAGUAGGAAGCAACGACAGAGUACAAGGAAUAGUUAGUCAGCUGGAAGAGGCCUGCAGGACACUCGAGGAUUGCUGCAGAAGACAGAAGGAGCAACUGUGUGAAAAAUUUGAUUAUCUGUAUUCAGUACUGGAAGAAAGAAAAAAUGAAAUGACACAAAUAAUCACUAGAAGCCAAGAGGAGAAGUUGGAACAUGUCCGUUCCUUAAUGAAAAAGUAUGCAGACCACUUGGAGGCUGUGUCAAAGCUUGUUGAAUCAGGAAUCCAGUUCAUGGAAGAACCAGAAAUGGCUGUGUUUUUGCAGAAUGCCAAAACGUUGCUUCAAAAAAUUACUGAAGCAUCAAAAGCAUUUCAAAUGGAAAAAAUAGUGCCUGACUAUGAAAAUAUGAGCCAUUUCACUGUAAACCUAACUAGAGAAGAAAAGAUUAUAAGAGAAAUCGACUUUUACAGAGAGGAGGAUGGGGAUGAGGAAGAUGAGGAGCUCGGGGAAGGUGAAGAGUUUGAUGAAGUCCGCACAGAGUCAUCUGGGGAGGAAGAAGGGGUAGCUGAGAAUAUAUCCCAGCACCCUCAGCUGGAUGCAGAACCCAAGAGCACACUAGGCGGACCUCAGGCUCCACCAGACCCAUCCUUUACACCAGCUGCUUCUGUUAAUGAGGAUCAGGUUGUGCCAGGUGGUUCUCAGCAGACUGCAGAGUCUGAUAUUCAAGUGCCAUCAACAGCAGAAACUGCCGACCCUUUCCUUUACCCUAGUUGGUAUAAGGCCCAAUCACGGCAAGCAAGCACCCCAAAUGCAACCCAAAUACAUGAGGGAUUGAGUAAAGUAGGGCCUUCUGCUUCUCUGGAAAUGAAUGUAAAGAAGGCAGACGCUACAGAAGCAGCAACAACCAAUGAGAAUGCACCUGGGAGUGGUAAGGAAACUACAGCAACUUCUGAGGGGUUAGCAUUCUGCAUAUCAGUUUUGGUUUUUCUUAUCAUGCUACAUCACCUCUGGCGUCAGAUUCACUACAUGAUUUUUGCUUUAAUGGGUAGGAAAUGUUUGUUUUACUAUUAACUAACAGCACAAAGAGUUUCUUUAGUAAUGUCUCUAAGUAGUUUAAAAAGGAAUUUUCCCUUCUCCCAUCUAAAAGGCACCAUGCUCUAUCAUACCUGCUGCUUAAAACUCUCCUACUCCCAAAAUGCCACCCUCAAAUUUAAUCCUGCAUGGUUCAAAAUUUCAUCUACAUGAUUUUUAAAAGCCUUACAUUAAUGGGCUUAUUUCAGUUGUUGUCUGGAACUUUAGUAGCUACUUGAAACUAUGAAUCAAGAAUAAAAAGAAUCUACAAUUAUUUUUGUGACGUACAUACUACAUGGUCAUGCAAAGUGAAUAAUGAGCUUUGUUAGAGUUAAAAGUAUCAGUUUGGAUGAGAAAUAGUUUCUUUAGGAGUAAGCAGAGGUAGGUAAUUUGUGGAGUCAUCAUACAAAGCGCUGUGGAGUUCUUUUUUGGAGCCUUGUGUGUGACUCUGGUCUCCCAUAUUCAAGAAAAAUGCACUGAAAUGGAAACAAGGUAACAGAGAAUUAAUAGAGAAGGAUUACUGGGGUGAUCAUGAAAGGAGACUACUAUAAGAGCUUGUCUUAUUUAGCUUCGCAAUACAAAGGUUGAGAAGGACCCCUGCCAGCCCAGGCUGCUAUCACCGGACUCCAUGUACUGCACACAAAUAAACUCCGGAGCUAAUUGCUCCAGAGUUUUUUGCUCCAGGACGUACAUUCAAACAGUGUUUUUCGUGCACAUUAAUUGCAUGUGUAGACACACCCCUAUCUACCUAAUUUCUGAUAGUAAGUUGCACUAAGUUGUAAGACACCUAAAUCUCCCACCUGAAUCUGGCCAGGAGUAUCAGAUCUUAGGCACCUAUGUUUAAAAUUGUUUGGCCUUUGUCUUUAUUAACCAGGAUUAUAAAUCUACCAUUCAGAUCUAGAUAUUGAGCCUCCUAACAUUACAAAAUGUUCACAUACAGAGGUUGGUUGGCAUAUUAUAAAUGCAGGGGUCAUUUGCAACAAUUGAAAGUUGGUAUAUAUUUUAUAUACUCCCAAUAUCCAUGGUAUUUCUUUGUGCCACUCUAAUGUCAAAUCCUAAGGGUGUUACUCAGACCCCAAUCCAGCAUAACACUUAGUACAUGCUUAAAUUUAAGCAAGUAAAUAUUCCCCUUGGGGUCAUUACCCUUAGAGUAGUUAAUGGGACCCCUUAAAUGUUUUGCUGGAUCAAGAACUAAGAGCUGCAUGGGGAAGUUGGCCUGGAUAGUUAUUGUGGAAGAGCUGUGGAACUAGUCUAUUCUAGACUAGUUUGUGGGUGGACACUCUUAAUCCAGAACAGGUAAAUUGCUUUAAUUCCCACUAUGCUUUAUUGUGGAGUAACUUCCCUGUGUAGAUGAACCUUGAUUUUUUCCUCAGACUAAUUCCAGAAUUGUGACAUUAUAGACGAUGCUGUUUUAUAAUGCAGAAUUAUGAUUUGGGUUUUACAUGUUGAAAUGCUAGCACUUUGACUAAUGUAUUGCUAUCAAUACAUAAAAUAGGCUAUUAUUUGUAUUUUAUGUGCCUAACUCAUGCAAAAAGAUAUACUGUCUUAUAGAAAUUUGAACUAGAAAAGAAUCUGACACUAUGAAUUUCUCAAGUAGAUUUACUGAACAUAGUUUAAUUUUCAUUUAUAUUUUCUUGUUUUUAAAAAUUAAAUAUACUGCUACAAGAAUGCAUCAAGAACAUCUGGGCUCAAGGAAAAUCAAACAGGAAAAUAAAAUUAUGAUCCUUG